ACAGGUUUGAUUUAUGUAGUGAGUAGGUGAUUUGAGAUUUUCUUGCAGUGUUUUUUUCUCUCCUGAAAGCAGUGACUCAGAGGUACGAUUUGUGGCUGCCCUCCAGCAUCUUGUCUAAAUGGCUGCUUGUCAUGGGGUGCAGUGGGAUUAUUUGUGUCCAUCUGGGAGUACAAAGGUACUUCUGUUUGAUGUCUGCUCCUAAAGACGUUGACAGCACAACACUCCCUCAAUCCCCGAAGUGGAGCAUCAAGUUAGAUCUUUUGUCCUGAAGUCUUCCCUCAGAGCUGCUGACAGUCAAGAACAGAACACCUGCCGUACCAGACUAAGAAACUUUCUAUAGCACAUCUGUAGAAGUUGGAGGAAAUCCUAAUGGACGUGCGGACCCUUCUCUGAUGCCUAAGAAGGGUCCUGUACCUCCUUCCUGCUGGUAGCAAUGAGAACAGGUUGAUGGGAGUCCUUAAUAAUCGAUGAAGUCUUUUUGAGACAUCGCUCAUGUCCUGAAUACCAUGGAAGCUAGUGAUUAUGAUGGAGCUGACUACGUUUGCAAGUCUGUUUACAGUUUUUCACCGAUAAACGUACAAAUGCUUGGAAAGAGUAAUUGGAGAAGAACGCAUAAUGUAUUUUGUCCAAGUUUUCGGAUGAAGUCAAGUUACAAUGAAGAUAUCAUGUCUAUGCUGUAGGGGAUAUAAGGAGAUGGAAUAAGUGGGAUAAAAUUUGGGAGAUCUGGGGAAGUGUGAAAUCAUGCACUCCAAUAAGAAGAAUGAAAAGGUGGAUUGGAAAGAGACUGCAAAUAGUCACCAUGGAGCAGCUCACGGCACGUUUCAGUUGCCGCAUAAGACUUCCCCCGGCUUUCAUGCAUAAGCAACAUCGGCAGCUGGUUGCAUCAUCCGCUGGAGCUGGGCUCGCCCCAUCGUCUUCUCCCACUGGGUCUCCGCAGACGCGUCCGGCAGCCGCGGAGCGUCAAGCGGGGUCUGGAGCUCUCCUUCCUGCGGCGACUCACAGUAACAUCCACCCAUGCAGAACGAGAAGGAAGUGCUUGCCAAUGGGCAUUUGGGCUUGCAGGGGCGUCCGCCGUGCUCGGGGACAAACCCAGUUGCACUGGCAACCGGCGAGAUGUCCACGGCCCGGGGCAAAGUGUGGGGCUUCCUGAAAAGGAACGGCCUGGUGAUCUGCACCGUGUCGGGAGUGUUGCUGGGGGUGGCCGCAGGGCUCGGGAUGAGGGGCUUGCAUCUCUCCCCGGCUAACAUGGUCCACUUCGCCUUCCCGGGAGAGGUGCUGCUCCGUCUGCUGAAGAUGGUCAUACUGCCCGUGGUAUUCUGUAGCCUGGUGUCGGGAGCAGCCAGCUUGGACACUAGGGCCCUGGGCAAGCUCGGGGGCAAAGCCAUCCUCUUCUUCGGCAUCACCACCCUGCUGGCUUCAGCUGUUGGUGUCACCCUGGGGUUGCUCAUCCGACCGGGCGAACACAGCCAGGCCGGGGAUGCCAACAGCCCAGCCCCGGGCACCCGGCUGCCCUCCAAAGAAGCGAUAGACUCCUUCUUGGAUCUCUUCAGAAACCUUGUUCCUUCAAACCUCGUAGCUGCUGCUUUCCAAUCGUACGCUACAGAUUACAAAUGGGUGUCGACCGCUGCUCCCGUUACAAAUGUAACACCCGGAAAUACCACACACAUAAAGGUUCCCUUUGGCACUGAAGUGGAAGGCAUGAACAUACUGGGACUGAUCCUCUUUGCAAUUAUCUUUGGCAUAGCUCUCAGGAAACUGGGCCCUGAUGGAGAACUGCUAAUUAAAUUUUUCAGUAUCUUCAAUGAUGCAACUAUGAUUUUGGUCUCCUGGAUUAUGUGGUAUGCGCCCAUUGGAAUCCUAUUCCUCGUUGCCAGUAAAAUAGUGGAGAUGGAUAAUGUUGUUUCCCUGGUAACUGGCUUGGGAAAAUAUAUUCUCGCUUCCAUACUUGGACAUUUUAUACAUGGAGCGAUUAUUCUACCUUUGAUCUAUUUCGUAUUCACCCACAGAAAUCCUUAUACAUUUCUGCUGGGCAUCGUCACUCCAUUAACAACAGCGUUCGGAACUUGUUCCAGCUCUGCCACCCUUCCUUCAAUGAUCAAGUGUGUCGAGGAAAACAAUGGAAUCGAUAAAAGGAUUGCCAGGUUUGUCCUCCCCAUUGGAGCUACUGUCAACAUGGAUGGAGCUGCCAUAUUUCAGAGCGUUGCUGCAGUAUUCAUUGCCCACUUGAAUGAUGUCACCUUAGAUGCGGGACAGAUCUUUACCAUCAUAGUGACUGCCACAGCAUCCAGUGUUGGAGCAGCAGGAAUCCCAGCGGGAGGAGUACUCACAAUAGCAAUUAUUCUGGAAGCCAUUGGACUUCCCACCAAUGACCUCUCCCUCAUCCUGGCAGUCGACUGGAUUGUAGACCGGAGCUGCACUGUGGUUAACGUAGAAGGAGAUGCUCUGGGAGCAGGAAUCCUCCAUUACACCAGCCUGAAGGAACUGGACACAGGGAAAACAGAUCUAACAGAUGUGAAGGUGGAAGCAGUGGCUAACCCCAGUUCAGAGAAUGAGACAUCCCCACUUGUGUCUUACACUGAAAAGCCAAUUGCUCCCUCUGGUCAUGUGGAUCAGGAUUCAAAAGAAUCCAUACUGUGAGUGUGUAAAAUAUCUCGUGUAAACCCUGUGGUCUGUGAUUGCAUCUUGUUUUAUAGUGAUAAUAUGGAAAAAGUAAUUGGUGCUCGCUGCGUAUCCCUGAUUAUGUUAUAUGCAAGUUUGCCCAACAGCUACCAAUGCCAGUAUCAUCUCAUUAUCAACCUCCAUAUAAGCUAUUUCAUUACAUUCCAAAUAAAAGAUGAAUGUCAAUCAUGUCAAAACAGGUCUCAAUGACCAUUUCCCUGACCAACACACCAGUAGCACGAUGGAGCAUGAUGAGCGGGGUUGAAGGACUGUCAAUCAAGUUUAAAUGUGUAAGGUCUUUAGGCUUAACACCUGUUAGUGACAAUUGACUUUUAAAGUUUGUUAUUUUUUAAAACAUUAAUGCAUUGUGGGCCUGUCUCCCUGUUACUGGCCGGCUGGUGGUGUAGUGGCAUCAAUGCUGGACUUCAAAGCAAAGGCUCCCAAGUUCGAAUCCAGAUGGCUCCCUUGCACGCUUUCCAUCCGUGCUGGGUUGAGCGUCGAGCUAGCAACUUGACCUCGUAGAAAUAGAAAAGACAACUAAAAAAAUACUGUCAUGAUGGUGUCCUGAUGACUCCACCCGGAGUUAAGAGCUUCUCCUUUCUGUCUCCUUGUUACAGAUGGGGAGCUUAUUGUUUUCACAUGCCUGAAGUAAUAGGGUACUAUUUGUAUAGUAUUAUGCAUAAAUGUGCCAAUUGUUAAUGCCUAAAGCACUUUCUCAUUUGAAGAAAAUAUUUCAAACGUACAUGGUGCUGUUAAUAAGUCUUGUGCCUUAAAGUGUACUGUCUCUGUUUUGGCUUCUCUUCAAACUCGUCCUGACUUGACUGCCUUAAGCUUAAUUAUGCACCGAGAAGAGAAAUGAAAGUGAGAAAUCCCACAACCCAAAAAGGACUCAAUCAAAUGAAAAUGAUCAACAAAAGCAAAGAGUCCUUGCUUGUCCUGGUCAUGAUUUAAUAUGCAGCAGUGCAGGGUUGCUGGUGCACGCUUUUGGUCUCCCUUAGUAACAUCUUGAAUAGAAUCACUCUCCCCAACUGGGUCUGCCUUUGUAUUUUCUGAGGCUGGGGAAGCACAAAGACAGAUGCGACAGCCUUUUUGUAAGGGUAUGUUGAACAAUCAAAUGCUGGAAGUCUUGCAUGUAAAGAAGGUAAGAAGGCAAAAGCCUCAUAUUUAUAUGUGGCUUUUUUUAAAAAAAUCACUUUUGCCUGAAUUAAUGAGCAUCACACUUUCAGAUAUAUUUUGUAGCCAUAAUUAAUAUGGUUUCUUUUUGUAAAACUCUGUUGUAGAAUGAAAGGCUGAGAAAGCAAAGCUAAGAUUAUUGGACAGUGAAUCAGCCAAGGAGGUUACAAAAUGGGAACUGGAGUUUUGAAGGAGCAAAUUAAUCUGUUUUUCAGUAAUUUAGGGUCACCUUGGAGACACUCACCCACACUCAUUAAUUGCUUAUCUUCUGCUUAGAUUUUGAGCACUGAAAUAUGUUUUUUUCCUUCCUCCUGUGCUUUCAAACUAUCCGAAAACCAAUCCAGUCCUGAAGUAUGUCCAUUUUGUUGGUAGUAGGUUCUUCUCCCACCAACUGUAGCUUGUCUAUAACGCAAAGGACAGGAAAACCCCUUCAAAGCUGUGAUGCAGGAACAAUAAUUGACUAGUCCAUUUAGAACAGAUUUUUCUUAGCAUGAGUCAUCUUUCUAGCUAACUAAAUUUGAAUUGCAUUUUACUGAGGCCAUUAAGGAGAAUUUUUUUUGUUUUACUGAGGAGUCCUUGCAAUGUAGGAUCUGAUAUCAUUACUGCUUUGUUUGCAAUCAUUUUGAACAUGAUGAGAGCAAAUCAUAAUGAGACAAAUUACAUUCCUUCCGGUUUAGUUAUAUAUCUAAGAGAAUGUAUGAUUUGGAAAUCUGGUACUCACACUUAAUAACUUCUCUUUUGGCUCUUCCCACUUUCUUCAGACCAAUGGUGUAGCUAUGGGCACUCGCAUGGGCCCCAGCUAUGCCUGCCUCUUCGUUGGUUAUGUGGAACAGUCUGUGCUCCAAACCUAUUCUGCUACUGCUCCCCAACUUUUCCUUCGCUACAUUGACAACUAUAUUGGUGCUGCUUCCUGCACCCAUGCUGAGCUCAUCAAUUUCAUCAACUUUACUUCAAACUUCCACCCAGCCCCCAAAUUCACUUGGUCUAUCUCGGACACUUCUCUCCCCUUUCUCGAUCUCUCAGUCUCCAUCUCUGGAGACAGACUGUCCACUGACACCUUCUACAAGCCCACUGACUCUCAUAACUACCUCGACUAUACCUCUUCCCACCCUGCCACAUGCAAAAAUGCCAUUCCCUAUUCCCAGUUCCUCCGUCUCCGCUGCAUCUGCUCCCAGGAUGAGGCUUUCCAUUCCAGGACAUCUCAAAUGUCCUCCUCCUUUAAGGAUCGUGGUUUCCCUGCUGCCAUCAUCAAUGAUGCCCUCACCCGCACCUCCUCCAUUUCCCGCACUUCGGCCCUCACCCCAUCCUCCCGCCACCACAACAGGGGCAAAAUUCCCUUUGUCCUCACCUACCACCCCACCAGCCUCCGGAUCCAGCACAUUACCCUCCGCAACUUCUGCCACCUUUAACAGGACCCCACCACUAAGCACAUCUUUCCCUCUCCACCCCUCUCCGCUUUCAACAGGGAUCGGUCCCUCCGCGACUCCCUUAUCCACACGUCCCUCCCCACGGAUCUCCCACCCGGCACUUAUCCCUGUAAGCACAAGUGCUACACCUGUCCCUACACCUCCUCUCUUGCCACCAUUCAGGGCCCCAAACAGUCCUUCCAGGUGAGGCAACACUUCACUUGUGAGUCUGUUGGGGUCAUCUAUUGCAUCCGGUGCUCCCAGUGCGGCCUCCUCUACAUCGGUGAAACCCGACGCAGAUUGGGGGACCGCUUCAUCGAGCACCUCCGCUCCGUCCGCCAAAACAGACAGGAUCUCCCAGUAGCCACCCACUUCAACUCUGCUUCACAUUCCCAUUCAGAUAUGUCCAUACAUGGCCUCCUCUACUGCCAUGAUGAGGCUAAACUCAGGUUGGAGGAGCAACACCUCAUAUACCAUCUGGGUAGUCUCCAGCCCCUUGGUAUGAACAUAGAAUUCUCCAACUUCCGGUAAUUCCCUCCCCCUCAAUUCCCCUAUCCCUAUGUCACUCUGCCCCCUCCCCCAGCUGCCUACCACCUCCCUCUUGGUUCCGCCUCCUUCUACUACCCAUCGUGUUUUCCCCUAUUCUUUCUUCACCUUUCCUGCCUAUCACCUCCCUGCCUCUCUUCCCCCACCCCUUUAACUUUCCCCUUACUGGUUUUUCACCUGGAACCUACCAGCCUUCUCCUUCCCACCCUCCCCCCACCUUCUUUAUAGGGCCUCUGCUCCUUCCCUCUACAGUCCUGACGAAGGGUUCCGGCCCGAAACGUUGACUGAUCGUUUCCACGGAUGCUGCCCGACCAGCUGAGUUCCUCCAGCGUGUUGUGAGUGUUGCUUUGACCCCAGCUUCUGCAGAGUAUUUUGUGUUUACAAUUUGGAAACCUUCACUGGAGAUGAAAUCGUAUCCAGUUGUCAGUACCUUCUAAUUUUAGUUCUUUUUCAACUGUAUUUUGAUUUAGCAAAUAUGUUCUUUGAUUUUAAAAAAACCGAUGCUUUCACUGGACUAGUGGAAAGCUACUCUCCAAGUUGAAAUCCCUGUAGCCCAGCUCCUGCUCCUCUGGCCUUGGACAGUUCUAUGAUCCCUGGCUUCCUGCACUGUGCCCCUGAGAUGGCUGUCAGCAGUGAUCCUGGCUGUGGAAUUCUCUCACUAAAGCCCUUGGUCUCAGAGAAAAGGAAGGCUGUGAGGUUUAGGGAGUAGAUUCCAAAGUUGAGGAGAAAGACAGCUGAAGAUGACGGCCACCACUGAACCAGUAACGGAAAUUGGGGAUAGGCAGCAGGCUGGAAAAGGGACAUAACUGAACCCUGUAAGACAGGAGGAAGUUAUUGAGAUGUGGAUGCUCCUUAAAAACUGCUGUUUUAACUUAUCAUAAUAUCAGUGAUAGAUUAUGUUUCAGAAUGUUCCUGUGAGGAGAAUUGGAAUGUUAGAAGUGCUAUAUAAAUGCAAACUCUUCUUAUUUCAGUUGUGUUACUAAAACUCCUGUGGCUUCACUUAUCAUUUGAGCAAUACACUGGAAGCGCCCAGCUUGGCUCCGGCACACAUACGCAGUGUCUCACCACACACAUUUCCACUGAUGUGUGUGGAUGUGAGACAUUGUCCUGUAAUGGAAAGUCCGUGACUGGCUGAAUAAAGUCGGGGUGGGAGGGGUGGAAUCCAGAAGCUGCUGCACUUCUACAGACUCUUGCUUGGCGACUAUAUUGUGCUGGAGGAGAGAGCUCACCUGAUAAAACAAUUACUUCUUUUUAGAGAAGAAUGUUUACUUAAUGACUAAUCCAAUUUAUUUAAUUCUUUGUUAUCAGUAAUAUAAAUAUAGGUAACAGUAUUGUUCAACCAAGAGAGAAAAAAAAUGAUGGUUUACGUUAAUUUUCUUGGUUGCUGAGAUUAAAGUCUGCUCUCUUAAAUUAUCUUUAAAUUGUGUAAUUUAAACUUCUGUGAUUAAAUAUAUUUCCAAUCAUUUGCAGUUUAACAAUAUAGUUUCUAAUGUGGACUACUGAUUUUGUGAAUUUAAAGCAUUGGGUUAUUUUUCUUUGCAGUUGAAGGUGUAAUUAUGCAGUUGUGUGUAUGCAAAGUGAAUAAAUGUGAAGA